AUGUCUACUAAAUUUGUUGAAUCGACACAUGGAAAACGACAAUUAUGUUAUAAGGGUUAUCGUUAUUGUUUGAAACGUAAAAAUCAAAACAGUUCUGAAUAUUGGUCAUGUGUCAAAUGUCAAGCAGCAGCAACAAGUUAUUCAGAUUCUACUGUCAUAGAACGUGGUGAGCACACACAUUUACCAGAUGAAACUGAUAAAGAUAUAUUAGAAAUGCGACAAAAUUUAAAGCGCAAAGCUGUUGAAGAAUUUGGUCCAAUAAAUAUUAUGAUAGAAGAAGCAUUUCAUGCAAUUGAUCACCAAUGGCAAUCAAAAGUUAUUUAUUCAUAUAUUUACUGUUGA